CUCAGGGUUCAAUGAGAGCUGUUUGCCCCACCCAUCUCUUCAACGCUAUCUAUCUCAAUGUAGAAUUCACAGAGAAAAGGAAAUAAUCUCUAAAAAUACUCCCUCGAAAGGGAUUCAUCCACGACUAUCGGGGAGGCAACGCGUUCCGUCCGUAGGGAAAUCGUUGUCAUCGUGGUAUCGGAUUUAUCUCGAUUUAUCCCAAUGCACAUGUAUAGCCGAUCUACCACCCGAAUUCAAGAAGGAUACAAAGCGUAGCUUGACAGCGGACUCGGACUGCGAUAGCCGGUAAAACGUCGACGGAUUUUCCCGAAACGGUCGCAUUUGCAUCUGCGGUCGAACCGCAAGGACCUCAGCUCGCGACAACGCGAAGCCACGGAUGUGAGGAGAAAUUCAAAUUACGGAGAAGACGGCAAAGGGCCUCUUUUGAUUUGGACGAGCCGAAAAAAAAGCGACCAUCAGUCACCGUAACCAGAACAGGAGGGAAAAUAACGUCUGUCUUCGGGGGAUUUUUCUCUUUUUGAAGCAUCGGCGCUGUAUUUUUCUAAGACAACGUCGUUUCAUAACGGAGUUAAAAGGUUCACGUCGGCCACGGCGCAGGGCGGAAUGAUCCACAUGCCGUCAUUUUGGUGGAAAUAUUUAUUUUUUUAAUUUGCUGCCACCCUUUCUAUCUCGUUCUGCCCGUCUCGAAUUCGGCAUCGACAAACCGAAAUUAAUCGCGUCUCGUGGAGCUGUUGAUGAUUUUAAAAGGAGCGGUGGACAGAAUCGUUAUUUCAGGAAAGCGACCAUGGAUUCGCGACGGGAAAUUUGCUAAAGCGCGUUUGGAUUCCUGCUUCUCGGAAAAGCCCGUAACGAAAUCGUUCAUGUAACGUCGAAGGCUUCGCUGGAUGCACGUUCACGCGCGGAUAGCGUUUGGCGAAAUCUCUUUUUUUUAUAGCAGCAAACGCUCGACGGGACUCGGCCGUCUGUAGGCCGGCCUAGGGUUUUCACCACCACCUCAAGCCCUCCCGUUCUAAUAGCUUUCAUAUUUCCCAUCGCUCCCACCGGCAAGAACGACCCUAACCAUCUCUUAAUCCAGGAGAGUGAUGUGCAUACGAAUAUAAAUGUCCCGAUUUUCCAUCAAAGUGUUUUGAUCGGAGGCCAAAUCGAGGAAUUUGGACAAUUUAUUCACACGGUAUACUCACCUCCCCCCACCACCCCACCCCAAAACUUUUCUUGGGUUUUUGGGAAAAUGGGUUGUUUGGGCAACAGUAAGACUGAGGACCAGAGAAAUGAGGAGAAGGCCCAGAGGGAAGCAAACAAAAAGAUAGAGAAACAGCUUCAGAAAGACAAACAGAUCUACAGGGCGACCCAUCGACUACUACUGUUAGGGGCUGGAGAAUCGGGGAAAAGCACCAUCGUCAAACAGAUGCGCAUUUUACAUGUCAAUGGCUUCAAUGCUGAAGAGAAAAAACAGAAAAUUCAGGACAUCAAGAAUAAUAUAAAAGAAGCUAUAGAGACUAUUGUGUCAGCAAUGUCCGCGUUGGUACCUCCGGUUCAGUUAGCCUGUCAAGCAAAUCGGUUUCGAAUCGAUUACAUCCUCAAUUUAGUCAAUCAGAAGGACUUUGAGUUUACAUCGGAGUUUUAUGAACACACGAAGACCCUGUGGCAGGAUGAUGGAGUGAGAGCUUGUUUUGAAAGAUCCAAUGAGUACCAGCUGAUCGACUGUGCACAGUAUUUCCUGGACAGGAUUGACACUGUAAAACAGAGCGACUACACUCCUACUGAUCAGGACUUGCUCCGAUGCAGAGUUUUGACUUCAGGAAUCUUUGAGACAAGAUUCCAAGUGGACAAAGUCAAUUUUCAUAUGUUUGAUGUUGGAGGACAGAGGGACGAACGCAGAAAAUGGAUCCAGUGUUUCAACGAUGUGACCGCCAUCAUUUUCGUGGUAGCCAGCAGCAGUUAUAACAUGGUGCUCAGAGAGGACAAUCAGACCAACAGACUCCAGGAGGCACUAAACCUCUUUAAGAACAUCUGGAAUAAUAGGUGGCUUCGAACCAUAUCUGUCAUUCUGUUCCUAAACAAGCAAGACCUGCUGGCUGAGAAGGUCCUGGCGGGAAAAUCAAAAAUCGAGGAUUACUUCCCAGAGUUCGCACGCUACACCACACCAGAUGAUGCAACCCCGGAGCCUGGAGAAGAUCCGCGAGUUACGAGAGCAAAAUAUUUUAUCCGAGACGAGUUCCUGAGGAUCAGUACAGCGAGUGGAGACGGUCGGCACUACUGCUACCCCCACUUCACCUGCGCCGUGGAUACGGAAAACAUCCGCCGAGUGUUUAACGACUGCAGAGACAUCAUCCAGCGCAUGCACCUACGGCAGUACGAACUCUUGUGAUCGCAGCAGUGACAACGGGACGCAAACUUGCCACCUGAACUUUCUUUAGGCCCCCUGCCCUACAUCAUGCCCCAAUAUCAAACCACGAACCUUCAGACUGAUGAGUCCCCACCUCUUACACCACAUACACACACAUGCACAGUAUAUAUAUAAGUAUAUGUAUAUAUACAUAUAUAUAUAUAUAUAUAAAUAAACACAAACACAUGGCCUUUCUCCAUCCUGAGUGACUGUGGGCGGGGCAAGGGCACGCACUGUGUUACUGAUGAAAGCAAAUGGCUGUGAUAUCUGGCAAAAAAAAACUUGUUAACGCAGCCAAGGACUACCGAUGUUACGAAUAACGAAUAAAGAGAGAGUGGAAAAUAAAACACGUGAGAGGGAGGGGAGGGAGAAAAGUAUAUAAAAAAAACUGUCCAGCACUGCUGGAACUCAACUCACACUUUAAAGGGUCUGCUCAGGACGAGUAAGCCAUUUCGUACACAUGCAGACACAUAAUGCGUCCUGCUAAACUCCUGACCCGCAAUCCUAUGUAUGUUACACGUCGAGCUGUCUUCUUUCUGAUCAUAUGCCUAACACACAUUACUUAUAUUGAUGCGCACGCACAAAGCAUACACACACACGCUGUUAUCCUCCAUCGUUUUUGGUCCUGUUGAACGUUUAGUGCCUAUGUGAGACUGGCGUGUCCCCCCUCUCCUAUUCCAAAACCCCCAACCCACCCCCAUAGGUGGACAGACACACCCUUGGAGGAGAGCAGAAGAAUUUCGAUGGACUGAUAAAAAAAGAAUGUAGAGUAAAAAAAAAUCUUUUUCCACCAAAAAAACAACAACGUGAAAAGGAGGGUUUGGAUGGGUUACUGCCCCGGGUUGCUUUGCGUGUGAAGCGGAGAAUGACUUUGAACACAAGACCCAUCACAUGACUCGCUUCUCGAGAUGCAUCGCAGGGGAUGCGAGCGCAUGCAAUGCUAGAUUCAUGCAGAACAGUGAACUAAAUGCAGUGCAUAAAAAUCCAAACUAUAUAUAUAUAUAUAUAUAGAUAUUUAUAUAUAU